AUGUCGUGGCAAGGCCUCCUCUCCUCGCUGAAGAACCUGCUCUCGUACGCGAUGUUGGCGACUGUGGCACCCCUGGCGCCUAAGGCGCACCAGCCGGCUUUGCCUGCGCUUCCGAAGCUCUCGCCGGAGGAGGAGAAGCUGGAGCUGCAGGACAAGCUUGGGAGGUAUAUUCAGGGGAUGCGGGAGACGUUCAUUCGGGACCUCUCGACGUCCAACGAGCUCCUGACGGAGGUCUCGCAAUACUAUGCGAAGCGGCCCUCGAAGCUCAUGCGCCCUCGCUUGAUCCUUCUGACUGCACUUGCUGUGAAUGCGAGCGUCGGCGAACGCGAUGCCCUUCCCCAGCAGGUCCGCCUCGCCGAGAUCGUCGAGAUGAUCCACGUUGUCUCUCUCCUGCACGACGAUGUCAUCGACGAAUCCGACACGCGUCGCGGCGACCUGUCCGCGCCCUCCAAGUUUGGUAACAAGAACAGCAUCCUCGCCGGCGACUUCGUCCUCGGGCGUGCCAUGUCUCUCAUCGCCGCGCUCGAGAACUUUGACGCCAUGCGCGAGAUUGCGGGUGUGGUCACCACGCUGGUCGAGGGCGAGAUCAUACAGGCAGAGGAUUCCAUCGCGCUCGGUGAGAAGGCGAAGGUGGGGCAGGCGGCGGACCAGUGGGGCUCGUAUAUGGAACGCAUCUUCUUGAAGACGGGCAGCCUAUUUGCGCGCGCUUUGAGGAGCACGGCGAUGCUCUCUGGCUUGCCGAGCGACGACGAGCGGGUGCUUGCGGUGGGAGACUAUGGCACGGAGCUAGGUCUUGCGUUCCAGAUCAUCGACGAUGCGUUGGAUUUCAAGGAGACCUCUGCCGAUAGUGCGGGAAAGCCCACGGGUGCUGUCGACCUGAGCCUCGGACUCAUCACCGCACCUGUCUUCUACGCGCUCGAGGAACGGCCUGAUGAGCUCGCACCGUAUGUCUCGCGGAAGUGUUCUGAACCUGGCGAUACAGCGGAGGUCGUCCGCAUCGUCAGGGAGACGUCAGCGUUGCCGCGUACCUACGCACUUGCGGCGCAACAUGCGCAGAAGGCGCGUGAGGCCCUCCAGGUCCUUCCCAGCACUCCCGCGAGGGAUGCGCUGGAGGCGCUUACUAUGAAGGUCUUGUCGAGGGAUCAUUAA